AUGGUUUCUUUCUACACCAGAGAGUAUCCAACCUCAACCAUGAUCACAAAGACAGAUGACAUGAGAUCACAGUCUGAUGAUGGCAUCCCCGAUGUCCCAAAGACUGUCUUGUCACCCGACGAUUGGAUCGCUCGAGCACGGCAGGACCUUUCGGAAGUCAAAGAGCAACUUGCCGCGAUCGAGACGCGAAGGCACGAUCAUUCUUCUUGCCAGGAGUGUCAUAGCCUCGAACACAAACACGACGCGGCCCAAUCCGUGAUCAAAGAACUAGAAGCCGAGAGGGAACACCUCACUCGUGAACUAGAGGAAGCUCCGGGAUCAGUCACUGGAUACAAAAACUCAUUUGCCAUCACUGACAAGAUUUUGAACGAGCAACAAGCAGAGAUUACUGAACAAAAGACAAAGAUCGUUGCGCAAAAGGUGGAAAUCACUCGCUUGAAGAUCAGAUACGGUGAGAUGCUAGUGCCAGACUUCUCGCCAGAGGAUUUGGUCGGGCAGACUGGAGCUGUCAUGCAUUCGAAAUCCGGUCAUCCGCUCGUCAUGCGUAUCGACGUUUGGGUUGGCGGAGGACAUGGCACAGACGCUGAACUCGCUCUCGUCAAGAUGAACCCGGAUACACCGUUCAAGGCCGUCUUGGAAGGCUUGCGUCGUCACCAUCCGCUGAAGGCUCUGAAGCAGAAGGACACUGGAAGGUACAUAUUUGAGUCUGACACUCCGGCUCAUUUGGGCGUGAAGGAUGGAGAAGAGUUUGUGUUCGUCCAGCAGAAUGAUGAGCCAGAUUUUAUGCUGGAUGCUACCAUGGAAGGUGUGAAGUGUUGGACAGGUAAAGACAGCAGGGUUUGA